AUGAAACAAAAAGAGGAGAUACAACAAAGUACAACUCUUAGUAAAUCUGCAAGUGCAUUAGACAUUAAAAUGGAUAAUGCUAAUGAUUAUUUAAGAAGUAGAGGAAAAACUCUUAUUAAUGUAGAACAAGUUGAACCAAAAAUACAACAUCAUCGCAUUGAUGGAAGUGAUCAAAUCAUUGAAAAUACUAAUAAAUUAAAAGACAAUGAAAACCAAAUAAAAACAUCUACUUUAGAUGAUUCAAUAAAUAGAGAAGAAAUUAAAGGUAAAGACAAUAUUAAAUUAGUUGACUUAGAUAUAAGUUUCAAUAUUCCUAAAUUUAAAUUUAUUUGUAAUGGAACAUUAUGCAAUGAAGAUCAAGCAAAAAUGAUUGCAGACUUAAAUCUCAAAAAAGCAAAACGAAAGCACAUUAUUAUGGAAUUAUUAGAAACAGAAAAAAGUUAUGUCAACAGAAUGAAGGAAUGUCUUGACACUUUCUAUAUUCCUUUAAAAAAAUACAUGAAAGAAGAAGAUCUUAAAAUUGCAUUUAAUUGUUUACCAAAUAUCUAUAAAAUAAAUGUUAAAUUAAUACAAGAAUUAAAUGAAAGAAAGAAUAAUACUAGUGACCUUGGAGUAAUGAAAGUUGCUGAUAUACUUAAUUCUUUUUUUACAUUAAAUGAAGUAGAACAAUAUUAUGGAGAAUAUAUUAUUACUGGAGAUUCAGCUGUAACUUAUCCAUUUGAAAUUCAUGGUGAAGAAAUUAAAACCCUCUUAUCAAAAUGGGUAGAUGAAUGUAAAAUACCUUCAAAUUACUUAAUUGAACCAGUUCAAAGGUUUCCUCGAUAUAUUUUAUUAUUAGAAUCACUGAUCAAAGCUACACCCACUUUUACAAAUGAAUAUAUUGAACUUCAAAAAGUAAAUGAACACAUCAAAGAAAUCACUAAAAGAAUUGAUGAAAAGAAGAAUAAUUAUAUAUCUCAUCAAAAACAAAAUUAUUAUAAGUCCUAUCUACCUCAUCCUAUUAAUUUUGGAACAUUUAUUUAUGAAGGAAGUUAUUACUA